AUGGCAGCUGCCCUGGAAGGGUGUGAAACCUGCUGGAGACAAAACUAUCCAGAGUGUAUACGCAUGAAUCCUCUGUGUCCAUUCAGAAGGUUAUACCGCAAGCUACUACCAUACAGUGAAAGGGUAUUUUAUCAGCCAGAUGUCUUUACUGGACUGAACCAACGCACUAUAGUGCUGCCACGUGUGCAUGAUAGCAGUUUUUACCUUGUAUGUUUGGUAUUUUGUGAAGAUGCACAUCUUGCUUUCUUUUUUAAGUUGGAAUGGGAUAAACAAACUGUUCUAUUCUUGGUGAACAUAUAA